CACGUAUCCUGUAGCAGACCCUCCUCUCUACGCCCACACUGUCUCUGUUCAUUAAUUCAAUCUUCUAGACGACAUUAGAAAAAUGAAUUCAUGCAGUCGAAAUUAUUAUCCGUCUUCGUUGUUUAAGGUCGGAUAUUGCUUAAAAUAACCGUACACGGAUCAAUCCGAUCGGAUUACUGUUUUUAUACUGACCUGUUGGAAUAUAAAAUGAUGAAAAUGGAAAGGAAAAUGUUUUUUAUGACAUUGUGUACUGUACUCUUCUUUACAAACUGUGUUUCAGGUGAGUCAAGUGGCAAUUAAAAUAUAGCCUACAAUCCUAAAAGCUGUACACUAGACAAAUAGUAUGGAUAAAUAAAAUACUUAUGCAUAUCGGCCUACUGCAUUAUUUAAAAGCCAUAAUGUCCAAAUGUUUUGUUGCCAACUUCUUGGGACCAGCCUGGUUUACAGUACAGGCAAUGUACCCUGUGACCCUCUUAUGAAAAGGCACACUGUCCCUAAUUAUUUACCUUUCACUCAAUGUCUAACAUUACAUGUAGUUAACUGAUCUUGCUCUUCUUGUAGGGGACUAUCCCAAGGCACAGAAUGUUUCCUGGUUGUCGAUCAACUUCAAAACACUGCUUAUGUGGGAUCCUGAACCUUCCAACUUUUCAUACACCGUUGAAUAUUCUGUGUAAGUAAUUAAUUUACAUACUGAUUACUGGUUUUUGCACUUACAGGAAGAGAUAACAAUGAAAUAUUAAAAAUAUGUUGCCUAUAACCACGUUAUUGUCACGAAUUCAGCCGAGACUGCUCCUCCUCCUUGCUCGGGCAGGCUUUGGCGUUCGUCGUCACCGGAGUACUACCCGCAUGGUGUUGUGCGUGAAUGUUCGUUGUCAUUGACAUGCGAGUCGGUAUUUUCUUCCCUGCGUGGAAGAUAUGUUUAUUUACUUGUGACAAGUAAAGUACGUCGUUGACUAAGUUCUGUGUCCUGCACCCGACUCUGUCCUACCGCUACACACUGACGCAUGACAGUUAUCGUGGGAGGUCUGCACUAACCUAUUCCCAGACUCAGUCUCUGACCCUGAAGAGUCAGGGUGAUGUGUUGGAAGGCAGUAGGAGGGCAGAACUGAUGCGGUCAGACUACACUAUUGAUCUGCCAAAAGAGUUUUCAGAAUUAUACACAGAAAACGCCUAAUUUGCAUAUUUCCCAGGGUUCAUUUUCUUUUUGAGUAAAUUGUAGAGUUAACACCCUUGACUGUAUUUGUUAGUUGCUGAAUUCAUUCCAUUUAAAGUCCUGUGGCUUUCAACAAGUGAGUUCCUAGGCGAAUGUUAUCAUUAAAAUUAAACUCUGUGACAAUACAUUACAUACUGUAUAUCAUAAGGCCUUACUUAUUGGUCUAGUUGAUGGCCCUUUUUUACUCUAACACAGUGGUGUUACAAAACUCCUGGUUAAAAUGCCACAUCAGGCCUGCAAGUCACGUUAUGCUGGCUUGUAAAGUAAUGUGGAAUUGCUAUUGCAAUGCAGCCAGAGUUAGGACAUCCACGUUAGAUUUUUUUAUUCACCUGCAACCUGCAUUCAGAAUUAAUUGGCAGGGUUAGUAAACUUGAUUAAAAAAAACACUACUUAAACCAUUUAAAUGGGAACAACCAUUUCAGUAAUGGGUGCAAUACAUCUUACUAACUGAUUGGAUUAGUUUAGAAAAAUGUGUUAUUUAUCUUUGUGUAGCAUAAGAUUAAUCAAUCAAUCAAUGUAGACUACAUGCAAAAACACAGAUAUUAAAAACAAUCCUAAAAAAUCUACCUGCAGUAGAGCAUGCUGGGAAAUAUGAAAGAGAUGGGUGUGGAUUUGAUGGGACUGUUUUAAUGUCCACAGUGUAAAACAAUAACUCUGGUUAUUAACACCAAUACUGGGGGUUCUUUUACACUACCGAGUGUUCUUUUACACCACUUUAACUCCUGAAUCAACACUAGAAAUGUUACUGAAAAUUCAACACUGGCCAAUUUGCAGUGUACUGGCAAAUAGAUCAAGGGGUUUUGGAGCUGAAAAAAUAAAGAAUACAAAUCUUUGUUUUAGUGAAGUGCAAUGUGUGUGAUAUGUGGUGCAGAGGCCUGCAAGUCAAAGAUUAACAUUUGGUACUUUUCUUAUUGUUGAACUAAGAUUCCAAUCCAGACCCAAUGAACGACCUAAAUGCAACAAAAAAACAUGUUUGAAGAUAAUAAUAAUCCUUUGACUGAAACCUACCAUUAUGUCUAUUUCAGUGUUGGCCAGAACAGAGAGAGGAACGCUAACAGUAUCAGAAUGAUGUUGUGACUCAAACAUAAAUAUCUUCUUUAUUUCAGAAUUGGUCAGAACAGAGAGAAGAACCAACACUGUAUCAGGACUAUGGCGACAGAGUGUGACCUGUCCAACUCUCUCGGGGACCUGAAGGCCAUAUACUCCGCUGAUGUCCUCUCAAAACCCCUACUUGGUGUGAACUCUGACCUCAUAGAGUUCCCCCACACAAGGUCGGAGAGGUUCACCCCUUACAAUGACAGUAGGUACCCCACCAUACAAUGACACAUUUUCCGCAUGCCCUGAUACAUGGCUGUUGACACCUGUGGUGCCAUAGGAAUCAACAGCCAUGUAUCAGGGCACAUUUUCUGCAUGCCAGUGUUGAAAUGUUGGUCAUUCCAUAAAUCACUGGGAGAAAGAAGACUUUCUUUGUUUUCUAUUCCAACUGCAUGCCAGUGUCACCAAGUGGCGCCAGGUGUGACAAGCAAGCAUGUCAACCUCUCGUGUUAUUUCCCUUCCAGCGCUUAUAGGCAGACCUGAGUUCAAGAUUGAGGUGAGCAAAGACAAGAAGAAGAUCACCCUGUAUGUAGAAGACCCUCCCACAGCCCUGUUCAAUGAGCAGAACCAACAGAGAACCAUCCGGGAUGUCUUUGCUGAUGAGCUGCAGUACAAAGUCACCUUCGGGAAAGCAACAAGCAGGGGCAAGGUAAGCUCAAAGGGGAGGGUAAUAAAAAUGGCAGCCCUACACUUUCCUAAAAGUACUGUAGGGCCUGGGGUCGAAGCAAAUGACAUAGAGGACAUUUGUCAAUGAUGUAGGCUCCUUAAAGGAGCAAGUCAAGGAAUUUAAUUAUGCUGAACAAAAAUAUAAAAGUAACAUGUAAAGUGUUGGUCCCAUGUUUGAUGAGCUGAAAUAAAAGAUCCCAUAAAUGUUCCAUACGCAAAAAAGCAUAUUUCUCUCAAAUUUUUGUGCACACAUUUCUUUACAUCCCUGUUUGUUAGCAUUUCUCCUUUGCCAAGAUAACUCAUCCAUCUGACAGGAGUGGCAUAUCAAGAAGCUGAUUAUACAGCAUGAUCAUUACACAGGUGCACCUUGUGCUGGAGACAAUAAAUGGCCACUCUAAAAUGUGAAGUUUUGUCACACAACGCAAUGCCGCAGAUGUCUCAAGUUUUGAGGGAGCAUUAAAUUGUCAUGCUGACUGCAGGAAUGUCCACCAGAGCUGUUGCCAGAGCUGUUGCCAGAGCUGUUUUAGAGAAUUUGGUAGUACGUCCAACUGGCCUCACAACCGCAGACCACGUGUAACCACGCCAGUCCAGGACCUCCACAUCCGGCUUCUUCACCUGUAGGAUGAUCUGAGAUGAGCCACCCAGAGAGCUGAUGAAACUGUGGGUUUGAACAACUGAAGAAUUUCUGCACAAACUGUCAGAAACUGUCUCAAGGAACCUCAUCUGCGUGCUCGUCGUCCUCACCAGAGUCUUGACCUGACUGCAGUUCGGUGUCGUAACCGACUUCAGAGGGCAAAUGCUCACCUUCGAUGGCCACUUGCAUGCUGGAGAAGUGUGCUCUUCACGGAUGAAUCCCGGUUUCAACUGUACCGGGCAGAUGGCGUUGUGUGGGCGAGUGGUUUGCUGAUAUCAACAUUGUGAACAAGAGUGCCCCAUGGUGGCGGUGGAGUUAUGGUAUGGGCAUGUAUAAGCUACGGACAACAAGCACAAAUGUAUUUUAUCGAUGGCAAUUUGAAUGCACAGAGAUACGGUGACGAAAUCCUGAGACCUAUUGUCGUGCCAUUCAUCAGCCGCCAUCGCCUCAUGUUUCAGGAUGAUUUUGCACGGCCCCAUGUCGCAAGGAGCUGUACAAAAUUCCUGGAAGCUGAAAAUGUCCCAGUUCUUUCAUGGCCUGCAUUCUCACCAGCCAUGUCACUCAUUGAGCAUGUUUGGGAUGCUCUGGAUAGCCGUGUACGACAGCAUGUUCCAGUUCCUGCCAAUAUCCACCAACUUCGCACAGACAUUGAAGAGGAGUGGAACAACAUCAACAGCCUGAUCAACAGGCCACAGUCAACAGCCUGAUCAACUCUAUGCGAAGGAGAUGUGUCAUGCAGCAUGAGGCAAAUGAUGGUCACACCAGAUACUGACUGUUUUUCUGAUCCAUGCCGCUACCUUUUUUUUAAGGUAUCUGUGACCAACAGAUGCAUAUCUGUAUUCCCAGUCAUGUGAAAUCCAUAGAUAAGGACCUAAUUAAUUUAUUUCAAUUGACUGAUUUCCUUAAAUGAACUGUAACUCAGUAAAAUCUUUGAAAUUGUUGCAUGUUGCGUUCAUAUUUUUGUUUUUGUUCAGUGUAAAUUAAAUGCAUUAAGUGGAUGAUAUGAGUUUGGCCAAUCUUACUUCUGAUUAUAUUGCAUGGGAAAUCUCUCUAUGUGUGUUAUGAAUAUAUGAUUGUUUUAUGAUAGUAAAACAGUAAUGAACAAGUUAUACAAAUUAAAUACAUAAGAAAAGACAUAAUAUAACCCCUUCUUUAUGUAAUUCUCCCUCUAGAAAACAAAGAUCUCUGCAAGCAGUGAGAUAGAGCUAGAAGAGGGGGAUGUAGAUCCUGGGGUGAGUUACUGCUUCAACGUGCAGGCCUACAUCCCCUCCCGCAGCACAGACAAACAGCUGGGAGAGCUCAGUCAAAGACAGUGCUCACCGGGCGAC